UCUAGCUGCUAGCGUACGUGCAAAACAAAGCCUUCUGCAAAAUGCAGUACAAAUCAGAUUGAUGCUGACUUCAGUUGUCAAAACAUAACGAAGGAGAGGUUGCGUUUUAAUUUAAUCUUUUUUAGUUUCUUGAAUAUAUAUGCGUUGCUAUUAUAUCGGGCAAUUCAAUAGAAUUGUAUAAUUGUCGUUGAAAAAAAAAUUAAUCGUAAAGUUUAUGAGCUCGACACAUUGGCGAAUGGACGAGAUAAAAAAAAAUCUAUCGAAAAAUAUUGACAACACAAAAACAAAUCGUGUGCAUUUGAAAUUUUUCAUCGUAUUGAAGUAAUAUUGGUUGAUAAGACAAUUUGGCCCGACGCAACCAAUAACGGCAAAGUGAUAAGAAAAAAAAAAUGUAAAAUGAUGUUUAAACCGGCACGGUUUUUAUGUCAAUUCACAACAGGACCAAUAUGUAUCACACAUCCGCUAAAAUAUCGGCAACGAAAAAUUACCUCAUCAUUGAUUCGAAGAUCGUCCACCUUUGACCAAUCGAAUCGAAAAUUUCAAUUCAAAAAAGCCUUAAUCGUUACAAAACUGUCACGAUAUGAGUUUGAACAGCAUAAAAAUCCAAAAUUGACCAUGAUCCAAUUAGAAAAGUUGCUUCGUGAUCGCGGCACCGACUAUGAUUUACUGUUACAUUAUCAUCGCGUUCAUAAGGAUUUCGAGCAAAAGGUGGCCAAUUGCUUUGAAGAGUGUGGUAUUGAUGUUAAAUUAGUGAACAGGGUAACAUUGUCAACAAAACAAACUGAAUGGGCUGAUAUUGUAGUACCAAUUGGUGGUGACGGUACAUUUCUUUUAACUGCUAGCCGUGCAUGCCCAAUAUUUUGCCAAUCCAAACCGAUAAUCGGUUUCAAUUCGGAUCCAGAUCGGUCGGAAGGUCGUUUGAUGCUAUCAAAACGAUACUCUCAUGAGCCAAAAGAAGCUGUACAAAAAUUAAUUCAAGGUGAUUUUGAAUGGCUAUAUCGAACACGUAUCCGUACAACAAUGCUUGGACAGAAUGGAAAUUUACCAAAAUCAUUUGAUCUGCAAGAAUUGGAACCAACACCAAUGGAACUCAAUGAAUAUCCAACGGAAAUGUUAGACGAAACCGAUCAGACGAAAUACAGAGCCAAAGUGAAACGGAUUUUACCAUAUUUGGCAUUGAAUGAAGUGUUCAUUGGUGAAACACAAUCGGCACGUGUUUCUCAUCUACAUUUACAAAUUGACAAUCAGAAUGUUCUCAAUAAAACAAAGAGUUCUGGAUUAUGUGUCAGCACUGGCACCGGUUCAUCAUCAUGGCUCACAAGUAUUAAUAGACUUUCAACACAAAAUGUACGAGAACUGUUGAAAUUAAUUAAACAAAAUGACAAAAACAUCAAUCUGAACGCUGAAGAUAUUGCAGAAAAAUACAAUGAUCGCAUUAAAUUCAAUCCAGGUGAUCCAAGAAUGUGCUAUUCGAUUCGCGAACAAAUUUGUGUUGGCGUUUGGCCCAAGCCAAAGGGAUUCGAGUCAAAAGGAUAUGCCAAAAAUUUACAAAUCAAGUCUCGAUGUGUUGAUGCAAGUUUAGUAAUUGAUGGCAGCAUAGCGUAUCCUUUUAACGAUGGUGCCAAAGUACUCUUGGAGGUUUACCCAGAAGAUGCAUUGCAAACAGUCAUCAUGGACGAACGGUGACAAAUCCCUAACGAUUAUACUGUGAUUGAAUGAUAGCAAAGAAAUUCAACAGACGCCAGCCUUGAACACCAUAACAUUUUUUUCUCGAUUCAUGUGAAUUUUCCCCAAACACGAAUGAUGAUAUGACAAAAAUACUAUACAUUUUAUCGGACAAAUCAACAUAGGAAACCGUAUAAACGGUGGCAGCCUUAAAUGAGGAGCAGAGACAGCUAAAAAUGGUGAUGAAAUAAAACAGAAGAACGUACAAGAUCUAAGUGCUAAAUUGGAAUUUUAUUUAAAUAUUGUUUUUUUUUUACUGUAAGUGAAACAAAUAAAAACUCAGCAUUACCAAAUGCUGUAAAUAAUUACAAA